AUGCUAAUUUUCUUGGUAUUUCCUAUCGUUCAAUCGCACUACGCUCAGCUGCAACCUCAUCCACUUACGCCACCGCCAUGUCACUGUCCGUCGAUUGCACCACCUUGUCCACCUCCACCGCCUUGUCCUCCACCUUGCCAGCCACCGCCACCUUGUCCCCCGCAGUUCUGUCCACCGCCACCGCUCUGCCCUCCUCCGCAACCUAUCCUUUGUCCACCACCUUGUCCUCCCCCGCCACCACCAUGUCCACCACCGAUUCCUUGCCCAGCUUUACCACCCUGUCCUAUGUACUGUCCUCCUCCACCACCAUGUCCUUUACCGCUGCCCUGUCCUCCACCAUGUUCCUCGGCUUCUGCACAAUCCUGUCCGCCAGCAGUUCAUCCGCCACAGCAUUAUGCUACUGAGCCUACUGGCUCAAAUUCCUAUAAGUUAGGGCCAUAUUUGGAUGGCCUUCCGGAAAGUUAUCGCGGUAGCUACGACGGUGAAUUUCGUAAUGGUGUUUAUCUUGCAAAUGAUGCCGAUGGGCCAUCCGCGGAACCGCUGCACCCUGACGACUUACUGUCUUCGGGCCUAGGUACCGAGAAGCCAUUCACACGAAUAACGGUCAACAAGGCCGCUGAUGGUAUAGAUGGCUUAUUCGCACCGGGUGAACAGCAAAAUGAGUCACUUGGAGCUUAUGUGCCGGGCAUUAUUGGUGAGGAUGCUUUGCAGCAACAACAAAAUCUGGCGGAAACGAACGGGCGUUCGCUGAUGGAGUCAGCGGAAGGCGCCGGAAGUACAGGCGGGCAUGCUUCCGGCAUACCGAUUGCCGUCCUGAAGUCUCACAAGUUUCUCUUCAAACGGGAUUGUAAGCCGAACACUGCCAGCAGCUGUGGUGAUGAAGAUUCGAGCAUACCUGCCGAGGUCAUUGUCUCAGUUACAGAAAGUUUCAGUUAUUACGUGUUUUGUGUUAUACAACAGCUGGACAAAACGCAUAUUUUCACGCUGUAUGUGCGUGUGCGCGUGUGUGUGUGUGUGUGUGUGUGUGUGUUUGUCCGAGUGCAUUUUGUCCAAACUUUUCGAUUCGGAAACCACAAAAGCUAG